GGACAUUGUUACAUGCUCUCAAAAAUGGCUUUCUGUAAGUUAGCCUUCCCAGUUCUAGUUAUGGCUUGUCUUUUGUUUCCAUUCACGUUUCCAUCUCAUGUUUCUGUUAGAAAUGACGCCGGUGUCAAGGUUUCAACCUCUAACAGUUCUCAAAAAGUUAAUGUCUCUAUCUACUACGAAGCUCUCUGUGUUCGUUGUGCGAAGUUCAUCGUCAACAAGCUCGAGGAUGUGUUCGAAAAUGGUCUUAUCUCCAUCAUCAAUCUCAGGCUUGUUCCUUGGGGUGCUUCCUACAUCAGUAAAUCUAACAACACCAUCAUUUGUAAGCAUGGACAAGAUGAAUGCCAGUUAAAUACUAUUCAAGCCUGUGCUAUUUAUGUCUGGCCUGACGUUAACAAGCAUUAUGGCCUGAUCUACUGCAUUGAGUUUCUAGCAAUUGAGGGAAGGCAAAAAGAAUGGGAAAGUUGUUUCAAGUCAUUGGGUUUACCUCAGAAACACAUUUUGGACUGCUAUAAUAGUGGAAAGGGAAGAACGCUUGAGUUAGCAUAUGCCAAUGAAACUGCUCAUCUUAGUCCACCUCAUUCAUUUACUCCAUGGGUGGUGGUGAAUAAUCAGUCAAUUGGAAAUGACUAUGAAAAUUUUGCAGCUUAUAUCUGCAAAGCAUACAAAGGCAAUGCUUCAACUGAGAGCUGCAAGUCGCUUCCAUCAAAUAUAAACUCUACCAGUAUUGCAAAGAAAUUGACAUCUUCAACACCAACAAAGAAAAUGCUCAGCCUCUGAUAGAAUUAGACUCAGAACAUCCUGUCUGGUCAUUGCCAUCUUGACCCAUUUUCUUCAUUCGAUAUCAGAGUUGGGUAGAAUUGUAUUAAGAACAAAGCAAUUGGAAAUUAAUUUUUGGAUAGGUCCUUAACCGCUAUGAUGUCAACAUGAUCGGAAAUAGAGGGAAGCUUUCUUUUUCUGGGAGAUGCCAGCCAGUCUAGCUGUGGGCAAGUGGCUGAUUUUAUUAACGCUAUCAGAAAGUUACAGAAAUACUGCGUACCAUCACAUGUGACGAUAUGUUCAAUCAUUCAGACUCUUGUCUAUUGCACUAAUUAUUGCAACAUUUAGGUUCA